AUGGCAGCUCUACAGCGUAUUGUGGAGUUGAAUCGGCGUCGUAGCGACGUUGUAUACGUCAAUGCCUACAUCCGAACCACAUUCAGCCCAUUAGACAUCCUUUCGGAUGAGGCAAUCAUCCGGAAGUACCGUUUAACAAGGGCCAAAAUUGAAGAGCUGGAGCUAUUCACCCAGCGAGACCUGGUGAGGGCCACCAGGCGCAACUUCGCCUUGUCGCCUAGGGUGCAACUGCUGGCGGCACUGCGCUUUUACGCCACUGGCAGUUUCAUGGAGGUAUUGGGCCUUGGCUUGAGUAAGUCCUCAGUCAGCAGGGCUGUGACAGCUGUCACACAGGCCCUGUUGGAUCUCCCUGACAGGAUGACCUUCCCCACUACACCAGAGGGUGGGUUUUAUGCCAUUGCUGGCAUCCCACGGGUGAUCGGCGCCAUAGAUGGGACCCUCAUCCGCAUCAGGGGCCCAAGCGAGAAUGAGCCGGGUUAUAUCUGCCGCAAGGGCUAUCCAGCCCUCAACGUCCAGGUGGUGUGUGACCCCCGCGGAGUCUUCCUGGACAUCGUGGCGAAGUGGCCAGGGAGCAUGCACGACUCCUUUGUGUGGGCCAACUCCGCACUCUGCCAGGAGCCCAACAGCGAGGCAGAGGCGCGCUACAACCAGGCCCAUGGCCAGACCCGCGUUGUUGUGGAGAGGGCCCUGGGCAUGUGGAAGCAGCGCUUCAGAUGUGUGAGCAACUCUGCUGGUGGCCUGAAGCUCCAUCCUGCCAAGGCGUGCUGUGUAGUUGUGGUGACAGCGCUUCUGCACAACAUGGCCCUCCAAGAUGGCAUCCCACUGCCUGCUGAUGAGGAGCUGCUGGUGGAGGAGGUGGAAGAGAUUGCCUCUCAGCCAGUUUACUGA